CUCGUCUGCGUUCUCGACAAGACCCUCAGUGGUUUGGUACCUCUAUUCGUCACCAGAUCAACUGUCUUAAUACCUUCCGCAGGAAGUCCAAGUCUCACCUCUCCUCUCAGGUCAUCAAAGAUUGAAUUAUUAGAACAACAGUCGCAGCAACAUUAUUAUAUCGUCUGAAUUUGAAUCCCAGUUCC